AACUCUCUCCUUUCCGCAGAGUGGAAAACAAUACAAAAUCAUUUUUGGAACACAAAGAAAAUUAAAAAAAAAAGGGUUAGGGUUUUUGAAGAAUUUCUCAGGUUUGAUGAAGGAAUUUCAAAAUUGAAUUAAAGGAAAUCAAAGAUGCUGGAACGAUUUUUAGGAUCUCGACGGGUACGUCAAAUUCAGAGAGCAUUUCGUCAUGGUAAGAUUACAAUUCUUUGUCUAGUAAUGACUGUUGUUGUUCUUCGUGGUACAAUGGGUGCUGGUAAAUUCGGUACACCAGAACAAGAUUUUAUUGAAAUUCGUGAUCAUUUGUACUCGCGUAAGCGUGCAGAACCUCAUAGAGUUCUCGAAGAAGCUCAAACUACAUCGACUGAAACAACCUCAGCUAAUGCUAAUAGUUAUGUUGCAUUUGAUCCUAUGAAAUUAUCUGUUGAUGAAGAAGAUGAUGGACCAAAGCGUGAUCCAAAUGAACCUUAUAGUUUAGGACCUAAAAUAACUGAUUGGGAUGAACAAAGAUCAGAUUGGUUAAAGGAGAACCCUAGUUUUCCUAAUUUUAUCAGGGAAAAUAAACCUAGGGUGUUAUUAGUUACUGGUUCAUCGCCGAAACCAUGCGAGAAUCCUGUUGGUGAUCAUUACUUGUUGAAAUCGAUUAAGAAUAAGAUUGAUUAUUGUAGGUUACAUGCUAUUGAAGUAUUUUAUAAUUUUGCGCUUCUAGAUGCUGAAAUGGCUGGUUUUUGGGCUAAACUUCCGUUGAUUAGGAAAUUGUUGUUGUCACAUCCCGAGGUUGAGUUUUUGUGGUGGAUGGAUAGUGAUGCUAUGUUUACUGAUAUGGCAUUUGAGAUUCCGUGGGAGAGAUAUAAGGAUCAUAAUUUUGUGAUGCAUGGUUGGAAUGAAAUGGUUUAUGAUGAGAAGAACUGGAUUGGGUUGAAUACUGGAAGCUUUUUGCUUAGAAAUUGUCAGUGGACACUUGAUAUUUUAGAUGUUUGGGCACCUAUGGGACCAAAAGGGAAGGUUAGAGAUGAUGCUGGGAAAAUACUUACUAGAGAACUAAAAAAUCGACCUGUUUUCGAAGCUGAUGAUCAAUCUGCAAUGGUGUAUAUUUUGGCAACGCAAAAAGAGAAAUGGGGAGAUAAGGUUUAUCUUGAGAAUCAUUAUUAUUUGCAUGGUUAUUGGGGAAUUUUGGUUGAUAAUUAUGAAGAGUAUAUUGAGAAGUACCAUCCUGGUUUAGGUGAUCACCGUUGGCCUCUUGUCACUCACUUUGUCGGUUGUAAGCCUUGUGGGAAAUUCGGGGAUUAUUCUGUUGAGAGAUGCUUGACUCAGAUGGAUAGAGCUUUUAAUUUUGGGGAUAAUCAAAUACUACAGAUGUAUGGGUUUACUCAUCAGUCAUUAAGUAGCAGGAAGGUCAAGAGGAUUCGAAAUGAGACCGACAAUCCUUUGGAGGUCAAGGAUGAGUAUGGGUUGCUGCAUCCCUCGUUCAAAGCUGUCAAGGUAUCCUCCUCUUGACUGCUUCAUAAGUUCCUGCUCUAGCUGCUUGUUGUUGUUAAUGAUAAUACAUACUAUGUGUUCUUAGCAUAAUUGCCAUUUGUUUCACCAUAUUGGUUCAGACUCAUAUUAUGUUACUUGUCAGUGAAUUUUAUAGAAAUUUCCAAAGGAAAACAGAGCUCAUUGUGCGUUUGUCAUACUGUAAUAUUGUAGUGUAAUGAGCAAUUUUAACACCACCACGCAAUGUUGAAUUUUAUAGAAAUCUGCUGAGUUUCUUU